AUGGCUAAGCUGAGGAGGAAAUAUCAAUCAUUGGAGAAAGCGUACAAGGCGUUGGAGGAGGAGAAUGAUACUGUGAAGGAGCAAUUGAAACAACGAGAAGAGAGUUUAGAGGUGGCCAAUAGUCAAGUGAAGGAGAAGGAGAGGCAGCUAGAGUCGGCCAGUGAGAUGUCUGGGCUCGUCACACUCGCCCAGGUUCUUUGCGCGGGGUGUCUUAUACCAGUGCUGGGGGCGCUGCUGUUACUGCUUAUGGCCCAACCUCUGUUGCCUCCGCCGCUCAAGGUUGAAUUAAACGCUAGUAGUGCUGUUCUACCGGAAGGCGCUCCUCAUUCAUCUCAACCAGCAGCAUGGCGGCAAAUGUUCGGUGUUGGUAGCAGCUCGAGUAGCCGAUAUUUUCCAACACUUCCUCCUGGACCUAUGCAGUAUAUUUGGACACCAUGGAGGCCUGAGGAGGUGCCACAUGCGGAUCGGAAGACGUCAGGGUUGUGCUCACGGCCGGAUGCUGGAGAGCAUGAGGAGGAAGAGGGAACUUGCCAUUGA